CAGACACUGGGCGCGAUUUGUUUUUCUCGCAUUUAAUUUUCUCUGAAUGGAGUCAUUGGGACCUACUCGCGCGUGCGCACUGCUGGCCUAAACACUAUCAAAUACGUUAAUCUAAUCGUGCCAUAAACACACUGCUGGUUGACAAUUCGCGCCGGCCAUCAGAACGUUUAGUUUCUCGUCGAAGCCGCUCGCGUCCGUUUCGCCCAACAACCGUUGUGACCCAGAAAAAAGUGACUGUAAGUUAGUAAAAAUGACUUCGACUCUGCUGCCUGGUAAUAUUGUCUAUGGCGGACCCAUAAUCGAACGUGAGGCCCAGGACUACAGAUCCUUGGGCCAGUUCGUGUUGGACAAAUACAAGGGCUUCGGGGACCAGACGGUGCUGGUGGAUGCUGUCAGCGGUGCCGAGUACACUGCCAGUUUCAUGCACAAGUCGAUUGUUCGACUGGCACACAUACUCCAGAAGCUAGGGGUCAAGCAGAACGACGUCAUCGGUCUGUCAAGCGAAAACAGCGUAAAUUUCGCAUUGGCCAUGUUUGCCGGCUUUGCUGUUGGCGCCACGGUGGCACCCCUGAAUGUCACCUACUCGGAACGCGAGGUGGACCAUGCCCUUAAUCUGUCCAAGCCAAAGAUCAUAUUCGCUUCCAAAAUAACCAUCGAUCGAAUUGCCAAGGUGGCCAGCAAGAAUAAGUUUGUGAAGGGCAUCAUUGCGCUCAGUGGCAGCUCCAAGAACUUUAAGACAAUCUAUGCCCUCAACGAGAUGAUGGACAACGACAAGUACAAGACAAACCCGGAGUUCUUGUCGCCAGUGGCGAACAAAAAUGAGGAUGUUGCCCUGAUUGUCUGCUCAUCAGGCACCACAGGGCUGCCGAAGGGUGUGCAGCUAACCCAGAUGAACCUUCUGGCCACCCUCGACUCGCAAAUUCAACCCACGAUGAUUCCCAUGUCGGAGAUAACGCUGCUUACGGUCAUUCCCUGGUUUCAUGCCUUUGGCUGCCUGACACUCAUCACCACCGCCUGCAUGGGCGCCCGUCUUGUGUAUUUGCCCAAAUUCGAGGAGAACCUCUUCCUCUCGGCCAUCGAGAAGUAUCGCGUGAUGAUGGCAUUCAUGGUGCCCCCACUGAUGGUUUUCCUGGCCAAGCAUCCGAUUGUGGAGAAGUACGAUUUGUCGUCCCUGAUGGUCUUGCUGUGCGGAGCCGCACCGCUCUCCCGCGAGACAGAGGAUCAGAUCAAGGAGCGCAUUGGAGUGCCAUUCAUUCGACAGGGCUACGGCCUGAGCGAGUCCACGCUCAGUGUGCUCGUACAGAACGAUGACUUCUGCAAGCCAGGCAGCGUCGGUGUCCUCAAAGUCGGCAUUUACGCCAAGGUGAUUGAUCCCGACACGGGCAAGCUGCUAGGAGCCAAUGAGCGCGGCGAGCUCUGCUUCAAGGGUGAUGGCAUCAUGAAGGGAUACAUUGGUGACACCAAGUCCACGCAGACGGCCAUCAAGGAUGGCUGGCUGCACACCGGAGACAUUGGCUACUACGACGAUGACUUUGAGUUCUUCAUUGUGGACCGCAUCAAGGAAUUGAUCAAGUACAAGGGCUUCCAGGUGCCACCGGCCGAGAUAGAGGCGCUGCUGCUUACCCACGAGAAGAUCAAGGAUGCCGCUGUCAUAGGCAAACCUGACGAGGCUGCCGGCGAGCUGCCACUGGCAUUUGUCGUCAAGCAGGCCAAUGUGCAACUGACAGAGAACGAUGUGAUUCAGUUUGUCAACGAGCAUGCCUCGCCCGCCAAGAGGCUGAGGGGUGGCGUUAUUUUCGUCGAUGAAAUUCCAAAGAAUCCGAGUGGCAAGAUCCUGCGCCGCAUUCUGCGCAACAUGCUCAAGAAGCAAAAGUCAAAAUUGUAAACAAAGCAAGCCAAAGUCCCCGCCCACAUCCCCUGUUCGGAUUGUACAAAGAGUUUACUAAUAUGUAUCGUUUUUAUUAUUGCUAAACUUUGUUUCAUAAAC